AUGGCGACGGUUUUUCGAGAACGGAUCCCGGCCCAGCAGACGACGACAGACACGCCGUUAUCGUCUGCCAUGACAGACCUGAUGUCCAACAGACUGAGGAUGCUGUACGCGCCGCCCGACCUGAGCAACUGCCCGCAGCUCAACAUCCAGCAGAUGUUCGAGACCUUCAGGAAGGAGAGCCGGGAGCUGCAGAUAGAGAGGCAGCUCCAGAGUUACGGCUCCUGCUCCUACGACGGCCUCUCCGAGCUGGAGAAGCGAUACUACUACCCCAGUGACUUCCCCGACGGCAAGAUGCGGCUCUGUGGCCCCGACGAGAAAUCUCUUGGCUCCGUAUUGGCGGACCAGCCUUUCACAGACAUGAGCAUUCCGGCGUUAAGUGACCGGUCUGGCAUCAGCCAUCCGGCAUUAGGUGACCGGUCCGGCUACACGGAAAAUCUAAUGGAAAAGUUUUCUAGAACAGUGCUGCAGAACUCCCUGACCCUAGUUCCGCCCGUGGGCAGGGGUUUGUUCAACAGCCGGCCAAACACCGAACUAAAGAUGCAGCCCUUUAUUCCUAGAACCUGUUGUAGAGUGCCACAAAUGGACUUGCCAAUGGCACUCAAAAAUUUCAGGAGUUCUAAAUCGGAGUCACCAAAAGCGGGCAGGCAGGACGGCAGCGGUGACGUACAACUGGACGAGAGGUCCGAGUUCGAGUCCACGAAUCAGACGCUCUCUAGCAGGUGCGAUGCCAAGAAGAAACGGCGACACAGAACCAUCUUCACGAGCCAGCAACUCGAGGAGUUGGAGCGAGCUUUUAACGAGGCCCACUACCCGGAUGUUUACGCCAGAGAACUGUUGUCAGCAAAGACUGACCUACCUGAGGACAGAAUACAGGUAUGGUUCCAGAACCGCCGUGCCAAGUGGAGAAAGACAGAGAAGACCUGGGGCCGGAGUUCCAUCAUGGCGGAGUACGGCCUGUACGGUGCCAUGGUCAGACACUCCCUGCCCCUGCAAGACAGGGGUGACGCCCAGGAGAAGUCGGCAGACACUACAGGUAUCUGA